AUGGAAGAGAUUGACAAUCCACCACCUAGGAGCCGACUCGCUGCCAAAGAAGAGCUGUCAGUGGAACCAACUGAGACGCGUAGUGUUUCUUCUAUAUCCGACGUUAGUCAGGAAAAGAAUGUUCACAAGCAUUAUACUACUAUUGUGGUUGGAGCCAUGCCAGCAAAUGGCGGGGUGGUCCUUGCGGGUGGGCCAAAGAUCAAGGAAAGUCACAGUAGAGGAACCAUCUCAAGAUCUCAAUCGCGAUCGGAUCCACCUGCACGUGGAUCCCAUCGUACAGAAAGAGAGCACAAGUCCAAGCGAAAUACUCACAUGGGCACAUCCUCAGGGGCCGUAAGGACUACCUCGGGUGAAAAACGAUACAGUUACACAGGGCACAGAGCAUAUUCUUCCAACGGCACAGAUGAUAUGGUAGGGCGCCACAGAACUCACCGGGGCCACGGGGCAUACGGGCGCACAACCAGUGAUCUGCAUAUUCCGAGACAGGAUGCUGUGGGGCUUGAUGAUGAAAAUUUUGAAUCUCGAAUGGAAUUGCUGCGGGAUGACCACUACGAUGAAGAACAAGGGGGGGUUGCCACAAUGGAACGAAGGCGCAGUGAUCAUGCAAAGACAUUGUGUAUGAUCAUGGGGUGGCUGGUGGCCAUUGUCUUUCUUGUGUUCUUGGCACUUUUUUUCUUGGAAAAGAACAAGCACAUUUCCUUGCUGCCCACUAGGAUGGUGGAGGUCACAGCUCCGCCUUCGGUGGCGCCAUCAGGAGCUCCAUCGGCCUCUCCAACGUGGCAAGGAGAUCAUUUUUUCCGUCUCUUGCCCGAGAGCUCCUUGAAGGCGAUUACGGAGGAUCCAGAAUCUCCCCAGCGAAAGGCUUACGACUGGCUUGUGGUGGACAGCCAAGUGCAAACAUACUCCUCGUCAAGGCUAGUGCAGAGGUUUGCUCUGGCAACCUUCUUUCAUGCCACGGGUGGACCUACGCACUGGAACAGAAAUUCCACAAAACGUUGGCUUAGCAGCGCACAUGAAUGCAAAUGGGGCAUGGCUACUUCGCUCCAGGCUGGUAUCUUGGUCGACCGUGACAACAACUACUUUUAUGAUAUGCACGAUGUCAGCGGCCCCUGUACUAAGAAAAUCACUGCUGAUGAUGUCCGCGACGAGGAAGCAGAAGAAGAACUGGUUUACGAGUAUUUGUGGUUUCCUCGAAACGAUUUGGUUGGUACACUCCCACCCGAGAUCUACCUUUUGACAUCACUCCGCAUCCUGUCCCUGUUUGGCAACCCCGAGCUAGAGGGUUCUAUUGCCUCGAAUAUCGGCGCCCUUACCAACUUGGAGGCACUUGCCAUGUCCUACACUCGUCUAUAUGGGAGUAUUCCAGAGGAAAUACAAGCCUGUUCCAACUUGAGUGGGAUCAUGCUAUCCGGGACUGGAUUGAAGGGGACAAUCCCGAGCUUGGGAAAUCUAUCGUCAUUGCAACACCUCUUUCUGGAUUUCAACUACCUCACGGGUCAGAUUCCUUCUGAUCUCCCUCCCCUCAUGGGUCAAAUGGUGCUGGCAAUGAACCACCUGAAUGGAACCGUUCCAACAGAGAUUUGGUCUCUGGACCACCUGUAUGAGCUUGACGUCCGCUCGAAUGAAUUGACAGGAGCAGUAAUCCCAAACGAGUUACACCAGAUGACUUCACUCAAGUAUUGGCACGCAAGCAACAAUCUCUUGUCGGGGGAGUUGAUCCCGACUUCCUUGGCAAUCAUGACCAACCUGCGAAUCAUGAGCCUGUUCCAGAAUCGCAUCAACUCCACCAUUCCAUCUGAUAUUGGGUUGCUUUCUAACUUGACGUUAAUCUCGAUCCGAGACAACGACAUGACAGGAACGCUCCCUUCCGAGCUGGGAUUGCUGAGCUUGUGUCGCUGGCUAUGGCUCUUUGGAAACAAGUUUGUUGCCAACAUCCCCAGUGAAAUUGGCAACAUGGAGGAUCUGGUGGAACUACGGCUCAACAAUAACCUCUUUUGGGGUUCAGUCCCAUCUGAGCUUGGUCAGCUCCCACUGCUCUAUGACCUGAAACUCAAUGACAACGCCAUUGCCGGUCAAUUGCCGUCCGAGCUCGGGCUGCUGCCAGAUUUGAACUUGAUGCAUCUACAGAACAAUCAAAUCUCUGGCAUCAUUCCGACAGAACUUUCCAACUUGGAAUCACUGGCGGAGCUACAACUUCACGGCAACCGUCAACUAUCUUCUUCCAUUCCAUCCGAGCUCGGCCUGCUGUCAAAUCUCGAUGUCCUGUUCCUGGACGACUGCCAGCUGAACUCUACACUUCCCUCUGAGCUUGGUCAGCUUGUUGCCUUGGAGUUGCUUUCGGUGUCGGGAAAUGAGCUUUCUGGUAGUGUGCCAUUGGAAGUCACUGCCCUGCCGUCACUAAUCUACUUCAAUGUAGCGGACAAUCGGUUCACGGGAAAUGUUCCAGUCCUUACAUCCCACCACAGCAACAACGGCACCAGCAAAGCAGCUUUGGAGGCAUUCAACAUCUCCCACAAUGGGUUCGUGGGGGAAAUCCCAAUUGAAUUGUGUACCCUCGAUGCGACUGUGUUCCAAUACGAUUGUUCCAAAUCACUGUGUGGAUGCUUCAGCUGCCUUUGCGACAGUCGCAUCCCUGUGGAUGCUUUCAAGAUCUGGAACUAG